AUGAAGUUACCAAUUUCAGAAGCAUCGCGUCUACAAAAUGUUGUCGCACCACCGGGAAAACCGCUCAAUAACAAUUAUUAUAGGGCUGGAUUUGGUACUCUGUAUGAGGGAAUUUUCUCAUGUUUCCGUCCCGUCUGGGGCUAUUUUGGACGAACAAUGGAACGCACUGAAUUAAUACCUUACGAUUGGGAGAUUCCGUUCGAAGCGAUUACGGGUCUGGAAUGGCUUGGCGCCGGAUCUCAGGGUGCAGUUUUUAGGGGAUGUCUCAACGGUCAAACGGUAGCGGUGAAAAAAGUAAAACUAAAAGAGGAAACUGAUAUCAAACAUCUACGGCACUUAAAUCAUCCAAAUAUCAUAAAAUUUAUUGGUGUGUGCACUCAAGCUCCGUGCUAUUGUCUAGUUAUGGAAUACUGUCCCAACGGUCAAUUAGGUGAUAUAUUGAAGUCGGACAGAGUAAUAGAAUGGUGCUCGUGGAGCCGACAAAUCGCUGAAGGAAUGGAAUACCUACAUAAAAACAAAGUGAUCCAUCGGGAUUUGAAAAGUCCAAAUAUCCUGUUCGACGAGGAGGGUGUGGUGAAGAUCUGCGAUUUUGGUACGUCACAUCAGCAAAAGAAACAAAACAGCACCGUGAUGUCGUUCUGUGGUACAGUCAGUUGGAUGGCACCAGAAGUCAUGAAGAAACAACCAUGUUGUGAGAAGGUAGAUGUCUAUUCGUAUGGCGUUGUACUUUGGGAAUUGGUUACGCGAGAACAGCCUUACAAGAACAUCAAUCAAAUGGCAAUUAUUUACGGAGUUGGCUCGAACAAUCUCUCGCUGCCGAUCCCAGAUUCCGCUCCCGAUGGCCUGAAGAUGCUGAUGCGACAGUGCUGGAGUACGACGCCUCGUAAUCGACCGUCGUUUACCCAAUGCCUGAAGUACAUGGACAUUCUGUAUGCAGAAUUCAAAGAAAUGGGAGAUGAGUUUUUCCGACGUAGUGCUAAAUGGCGUGCCGACGCGGCAAACAUACAGUAUCCGGAAACCCUCACCAAAGGAAAUGCCAACAAUUUUGCUGAACGAGAGGACGAAAAGGAGCUGAUUCGGAAACGCCGCGAAGAACUGAAACAUGCCCAGGAUAUUCGUGAGAUGUAUGAAAACAAACUAAAACGGACCAACAAGAUGUACUCGAAGCUGACGGAUUGUAUGAAUGAGUUGCUGCCCACUUCGGUAAAACUCUGGUCUCUUGUUCUCUGCCCUAGAAUUUCCUUGAAGAAUCGCCCUCUCCACUUAAGGCCAUACAGCUAUCAUUUCAGCUCUUCCGGUUUCCCGUCUUCCGUAUCGGCAACGUUUUCACGCCAAUCCUCCUCACGAAGCUCUACCGGUCUGCCGCGACGUCGCGAUACCACCCUACGUGAGUCGCCGGUUCGCGGGCAUCAUAGCCGUAAGUACCCCACCGUAAUUUCUCAUGUGCCAGUCAGUUUUCCAAUCAGGACCUUUACAGCCUUCUCCAGUUCUACCUGGUGGACAGCAGGUGGGUUAACGCAGUACUUACAGAAUCUGACCAGGACUCUCUUAUGCCUGUUUCAGGUUGUCUAUUCCCAGACGUUGUUCCGAAACGCGGAUGGGCGUUGGUCAGACGGUCGAAUAGUUCAGCGACGAAAACCAAAACGUUCGACAACGUUCCAACGGGACAGCCCUGCUCGAAUACCACAAACGGUGGUCAGUUUCUCUUUCAGCUUCGGGAGUUCCAUCUAUCACCCUCCAGCCGCCUACGUAAACCCUCUUUCGCCAUCCGAGCCACGAGUCAGCCCAACACCGCCAGUCCGCAAGUUGUCUGCUCAACCGAUGAGCAUUGACGAGAACGACGGCGAAUUGUUCUCAUCCCUUGACUCGAACAAUCCAAGACCGAAUGCUCAAACGCAAUCCGAUGCAUCGGCCGAGAACAAUGCUCGACUUCUGGUAUAUGACUUAAAACGUGAACUAAUCAUGAUGACAUCGUCGUCGACUAUGGCUUCAUCGCUGGAACGAUCUCUCGAGCAGGGCGCUAUGCAUUCGGAUGGGCUCAGCGAUAAGGAGAGACGCGUACGAGCUGUAAAGAACACAAUUCGCGGGCAUCGGCGAACACAGUCGAAUCCACAAUCAGUCGUCAUGUCGAUCGUUGAUGAAACCAGCUCAGAGACCGAUUCAGAUGAUGCGGUCGAUAUUUAG